AUGGCCCUACGUCCCUCACCAUGGCCCUACGUCCCUCACCAUGGCCCUACGUCCCUCACCAUGGCCCUACGGCCCUUACCAUGGCCCUACGGCCCUUACCAUGGCCCUACGGCCCUUACCAUGGCCCUACGUCCUUUACCAUGGCCCUACGGCCCUUACCAUGGCCCUACGGCCCUUACCAUGGCCCUACGGCCCUCACCAUGGCCCUACGUCCCUCACCAUGGCCCUACGUCGCUCACCAUGGCCCUACGUCCCUCACCAUGGCCCUACGUCCCUCACCAUGGCCCUACGUCCCUCACCAUGGCCCUACGUCGCUCACCAUGGCCCUACGUCCCUUAUCAUGGCCCUACGUCCCUCACCAUGGCCCUACGUCGCUCACCAUGGCCCUACGUCCCUCACCAUGGCCCUACGUCCCUCACCAUGGCCCUACGUCCCUCACCAUGGCCCUACGUCCCUUAUCAUGGCCCUACGUCCCUCACCAUGGCCCUACGUCGCUCACCAUGGCCCUACGUCCCUCACCAUGGCCCUACGUCCCUCAUUAUGGCCCUACGUCGCUCACCAUGGCCCUACGUCCCUCACCAUGGCCCUUCGUCCCUCACCAUGGCCCUACGUCCCUCACCAUGGCCCUACGGCCCUUAUCAUGGCCCUACGUCCCUCACCAUGGCCCUACGGCCCUUAUCAUGGCCCUACGUCCCUCACCAUGGCCCUACGUCCCUCACCAUGGCCCUACGGCCCUUAUCAUGGCCCUACGGCCCUUAUCAUGGCCCCACGCCUCUCACCAUGGCCCUACGUCCCUCACCAUGGCCCUACGGCCCUUAUCAUGGCCCUACGCCUCUCACCAUGGCCCUACGUCCCUCACCAUGGCCCUACGGCCCUCACCAUGGUCCUACGGCCCUUACCAUGGCCCUACGGCCCUUACCAUGGCCCUACGGCCCUUACCAUGGCCCUACGGCCCUUACCAUGGCCCUACGGCCCUUACCAUGGCCUUACGGCCCUUACCAUGGCCCUACGGCCCUUACCAUGGCCCUACGGCCCUCACCAUGGCCCUACGGCCCUCACCAUGGCCCUACGUCCCUUACCAUGGCCCUACGUUCUUUACCAUGGCCUUACGUCCCGUACAAUAUCUUGAGAUCUUGA